AGUUUGAAAACCUUCUGCCGGGUAAUUGGCGACCGAAUUUGGCCCUCGGAAAAUUUCCGUCACUUUGACCCGAUGGAUUCAAGUACACAACACCACAUUCUUUGAGAUUUUGCAGUCAAAACUCCACGAGCUUGUAUGGUCUUCCUUUCUUUCCGUUUUUAUAUUGGCCGAGAACUCCGUGUGAGAGAAGGUUUCAGUGAAUCAAGUAGAAAAAGAGUGGGAGUGGGAGAGCCGAUCAGAGUUUUAAAAUAAAGGGUACAUGGAACACCUGCACAAGCAUUGGAUUUAGCCCUGCAACAUCUUAAAGGGCAAAGAAGACAUGCAUGUUUCCUGCAACUCAGGGAAAGAAGAAAGAGAGAACGAGAGAGAGAGCGCGCCAACAAGGGGUCAACUCUGGACCUGACCAAGAUGACCACCCAAAUUGAUGAAUAGGCUUCAUAAGGGAAAAACUAAAGAUCUUUCUGAAGUUAGGGAAGCAGGCUGUAAGCCAAGGGGAAGGCAGAGGACAGAUAUGAAUGUGUUUCCAAGCUUUCCUGAUGGUUUAAGGCAUUCUCCAAACUCCUGUGCAAGGGCUAUUCCUGAUCAAGAAGACCUCAGGAGACCAUCUCUGAAAUCAAGUCUGGAUGAAGGACAACCCUCUCAGAGAAGUCAGCUUCCAGAAGACAAGAACCAAGGAAACAUUUGUCUCAGGUUCAGUAAUAACAACUCUACACUAAAGCAAAGCAGCAUUUAGGAUCUGGCUUUAUUCUCAGAAUAGGAGAGGAGAAAAAAACAAUCUCAGCCAGGAGCACAGCACACAUCAACAUCUCAGUGAUUUAUCCUGCCUCCCAGGGUGGGAUGGAGUCUACAAAUCGCACCAAGCAGGCAACCACUGCCUCCAUUGAGCAGUGAUCUGUAGAACUAAGAGAAAAAAAGUGAAUAUGGUUUUUGCUCACAAAAUGGAUAACAGCAAGCCACCUUUGGUUAUUCCUACACUUCUGGUGCCCCUUCAAAACCACAGCUGCACUGAAACAGCCACACCUCCACCAAGCCGUGACCUGACGGAAUUCUAUGAGGAGCACAGUUGGAUGAGCAACCGAACAGACCUUCAGUAUGGAUUGAAACCUGGGGAAGUGGCCACAGCCAGCAUUUUCUUUGGGACUCUGUGGUUGUUUUCUGUCUUUGGCAAUUCCCUGGUUUGUUUGGUCAUCCAUAGGAGUAGGAGGACUCAGUCCACCACCAACUACUUUGUGGUCUCCAUGGCAUGUGCUGAUCUUCUCAUCAGCAUUGCCAGCAUGCCUUUCGUCCUGCUCCAGUUCACCACUGGAAGGUGGACACUUGGUAGUGUGAUGUGCAAGGUUGUGCGAUAUUUUCAAUAUCUCACUCCAGGUGUCCAGAUCUAUGUUCUUCUCUCCAUCUGCAUAGAUCGGUUCUACACCAUUGUCUAUCCUCUGAGCUUCAAGGUGUCCAGAGAAAAAGCCAAGAAGAUGAUCACAGCAUCAUGGAUCUUUAAUGCAGCCUUUGUGACCCCGGUGUUCUUUUUCUAUGGCUCCAACUGGGACAGUCAUUGUAACUAUUUCCUCCCUUCUUCUUGGAAAGGAACCAUGUAUACCAUCAUCCACUUCUUGGUGGGCUUUGUGAUUCCAUCUGUCCUCAUAAUCUUAUUUUACCAAAAGGUCAUAAAGUAUAUUUGGAGAAUAGGCACUGAUGGCCGAACAGUGAGGAGGACAAUGAACAUUGUCCCAAGGACAAAAGUGAAAACUAUCAAGAUGUUCCUCAUUUUAAAUCUAUUGUUCUUACUCUCCUGGCUGCCUUUUCAUGUAGCUCAGCUGUGGCACCCCCAUGAACAAGAAUAUAAGAAAAGUUCCCUUGUUUUCACAGCUAUCACAUGGAUAUCCUUUAGUUCUUCAGCUUCUAAACCUACUCUGUAUUCAAUUUAUAAUGCCAAUUUUAGGAGAGGGAUGAAAGAGACUUUUUGCAUGUCUUCAAUGAAAUGUUACCGAAGCAAUGCCUAUACUAUCACAACCAGUUCAAGGAUGGCCAAAAAAAACUAUGUUGGCAUUUCAGAAAUCCCUCCCAUGGCCAAAACUAUAACCAAAGACUCAAUCUAUGAUUCGUUUGACAGAGAAGCCAAGGAAAAAAAGCUUGCUUGGCCCAUUAACUCAAAUCCACCAAAUACUUUUGUCUAAUUUCUCAGAAUUCUUUCAAUUGUUAUGUGCCAGAGAUUAAAAGCUUUACCUAUAAAAACCGAAGCUAUUUACAUAUUUUUUUUCACUCAACUUUCUGAGGGAAAUAUUUUAUUUUGUAAAAUGCAUUCAUUUAUUGAUUAUAGUAUUUGUGGAUUUUAUUCUAGUUUUUGAUUCUAGUUUUGUUAGCAUUUUAGGAAAAUCAUUCACUUUGAACUAUCUAUACUCAACAGUUUUGUUUAGUAUCUUGGUUACAUGCAUUAAAAAGAAAAUGCUUUCCUACUUUUUAUUUACCAUUGGGCCUAAAAAGCAUAAACCAUACACACAGUCUUUGAUUAAUGAUUCAACCUAGUUUUGUUUCCUUUUUCUCCUCACUACUGAAUUUUUAUAACUAUGGGCUUUUGUUCCAGAUGAAAUUCCUGUGUUACCCAUUUGAGAGACUGGUAUUUGCUCCACUAAGCAACAUUUAGGAAGGAUUAAUAUUGUAUAUUUUCCCCAUUACCUUCUUCCAAGUAACCACUGGCCAGAUCUAUUGUGGAAAGCACUCCAUAUAUUGGAACUUUCUGAGAAGUCGUCUGUGAUUGGAUUUUAAUCAGGAUUCCUAGGGAAAGAAAGCUUACAGAAUUGCCUAAGUUUUUCUCUCAUUUUCAUCCUUCCUUAAUCUAAGCAACUGAUGAGGCCUUGAACAUUUUGAAGUCAACAAGAUGUUUUGCUUACAUCUGUGUCCCAUUUAGGCCAUGUCUAGGUUGUUUACCUCCCUUUUUUGGGUUAUAUACAAGUAAAUAAGCAGGUGUCCUUGCUAAGUAUGCCUAGAAAAUGCAAGCAGGAGAAAUGGCAGACGGCACUUCUCUGUGCUCUGCAAUUGAGGCAGAGACCUUAAGCUGCCCAGCCCCACCCCUGUAUACCAGGACAGCAAAAGCAAGGACUACCUUCUUCGUGCUCCUAGAAACUCAGACAUGGGGCCAUUCCUCCAGCCUGCUUCCUCCCCCUCAUCUCCCCAGGCUAUACAGCACCGCACCCUGGCCAAGCUCAAACUCUUCUUUGCCUAUGAUAACUAGGGAUAUUUUUCUCUGGUUUUCAGGUCUCUUAUUAUUUCAAAUCUAGGACCAGCUAGCACACUUAAAAAAUAUUUUUAUUUAAACAAUCAAGGGCUUACAGACAAGACUGGUGUGCAUUUUUAUGCCCUAGUUAACAAGAGCUGCAAAUAGUAACUCCAGUUGUUCAGCAAUUUUACACACAUUAUCUUAUUUUAUCCUCUCAACAAUUCUGUAAUAUAUUUAUUAUUACCUCUGUUUUAUAGAUGAGGAAACUAGAACUCUAAAGUUAUGUGACUUACUCAAGUUUGAAUGUGACAGAGCUGGUAUUGAAACUCAGGUCUUCUAACGGCAAGUCUGUUGCUCUUUCAUUGACAUUUCGAUGUCUCCCUUAGAGAACACGAGUGGCCAGACCCAUCCAGGCCUCAGUGGGCCUCCUAACCACUGCUUUGGUGGAAGUCUAAGGUCUAAGAGAAUCUGGCCACUCUGAAAGAGUCUAGAUGAAAUUUAAUGAGCUGGCCCUCACCUUUUCCUUGGCUGUGGGAAGAUUCUUGGACUUGGGGUGCUGAAAGUUUGAGAUAUAGAAGGAAGCCUGUACCCUUCCACCUCAUAGACACAGCGCAACAACACAAGAUUGGGUUUGAUAUUUGGAGCAAAGAACAACAACAAAACAGUUAAUCUAUAAAUAUUUACCGAGUUGGUGUUUUUAAGUUGAGACGCUUCCUUUAAUCAACAAAUCCCAAAGAUAAAGAGAGUAUCUCAUAUUUUCUCUUCUCUCUUUUUCUCCAUCUCCUCACAUUCUUACUUAUCCCAUCAGCAAAUGGCUCUGUAAAACAACAGAGUGAGUGAGAUAAUUCUCCUAAUUGGCCCUUGAGUUUUAUGGUUCAGACUUUUAAAAAAAUACAAAAAGCACCUAUAGUAGUUUUAUUUUUGUGUUUCUAAGUGGAACAUUAAUUUUUAGAGUCAGAUUGUAAAAAGUUAAAUUAGUUUCAGUUUUAUUUUUAUAUAUUUUUAGCUCUCAGUUUAAACUAAAAAAGUUACACUAGGUGAUUUUUUUUUAAGACUAGUCAAGUGCAGUAGUGAGAAGGAGGCAGAGAAGAACAAGGAGUUCCAUCUGUAGCUGACUGUGGACAAUCAAUAGAGAUCACUCUCUACCUUUGCAUUAACCAACAGUAGGUGAUUUCUAAGCUCCAUUCUGUCUUUAAUUUUCUGUGAGUUUACUCCAGGUGUAAAUUCAGUGACACAACCUCAUAUAAGCUCUUGUUGUAGAAAGUCUUUUUUAUUACUCCAAAUAAUAACAAAUUAAAAGUGUUAAUCAAAUCACAAUCAAGAGAGCCCCAGAGUCUCAUGUCCUGUGUUAAUUCAGCUACGUUCUCUCAGGGUGUUGGUAAUUCACUGUAUUUUUGUUUAGUUUAGUUUAAUAUUUAGGAUUCCUGGUGUCUCACUGGAUCCUGAAGUUGGAAGAAAUCAGAUAUAAUGCACCGAUUGAUGAAGAUUUGCUUAAGUCCCAGCAACGCAAGAACAGCAUUUGUCACACCUCAAAUUUGCUUGGCAAGAACCAGCAUUAAGCCACAGUGAAACAGGCUAUUGGAGAGAAUAAGAAAUCUACUCCACCCUCCUUGCCAGGCACACAGCGAGGUGUAUCCGGGAUCCAGAUUCAUGUAACCUCCAAACAGGAGUUCACGGAAGGUGACAGUGGGGAGCAGGAUUCAGAGUAGAGGCAAUUCUGCCUGGCUCCAGGUUUCUAUAAACUGUCAGGGGAAGGGACAGGGAUGCAUCCUUUGAGGUAGGAUUUGAAUUUCUCCCUUUCUUCUAAUCUUCGGUGAAAGCAUUAGUCCCCCCAGCCUGCUGCUGAGUCAGUAAGCACAUCCUGCCCAGAUCUGCUUCUGUGUUAGCCUUCCAUCAUGGGUUUAUCCCAGAUGCUGGCUGCUGAUUCCCUGGGCCAGACUGCUCGCUCAGGAAAGACAAUUUCAUCCAGGUCCACCUCCACCAAGCAUGUGGGGAGCAGAUAAGGUUGCCAGAUAAGGUUGGCGAUUUUCUCUCCUGGUGGGCACAGUGGGCACAUUACCCCCCUCCCCCAUCUUUGCUGCCACUUGCUUAGACUCACUUUGAAGCAAUAUAACCAAGUUAAGUUAGAGCUACUUGACCAGGAUCUGCUUCAGGGUUAUGCUUCUAUGUAAGAACCAUAUAUAAAAGAAGCAAAGAAUUAGAGAUUUUUAGAGCAGAAGGGAUGUAGGGAGACUUAGCACAAGCCCAUCACUGAUUAGAAGAGGAAAUUAAGACCAAGAGAGGUGAAAUUGGGGAUACACUAAAAUGUCUUCUAGCAGCCAGUUCAAUAUAUAUAUAUUUUUUGAGACAGAGUCUCACUCUGUUGCCCAGGCU